AUGGAUUUGUUUAACUCCGCUCUUGGAAAAAACAUUACAUUUGUGCGACCUGAUUAUUUCAUCAUUUCUGGUUUAACUGGAAUUCCACAUGUAAAUUAUUACUAUGCUUUUCUUUUCGCUAUUUAUGUUGUGUCUGUUGUGGGCAAUGUCUGUGUGAUGGUAGUAAUCAUUUUGGAUCAUCGUCUAAGAACUCCCAAGUAUGUUGCAGUGUUUAGUUUAGCCAUAAAUGAUCUGUGUGGCAAUUGUGCUUUGGUGCCGAAAAUCCUUGAUACUUUCUUAUUUAAUCACAACCGUAUUUCCUAUAAUGAGUGCUUAGCCUACAUGUUUUUCUGUUUUGUCUUCCUUGCCAUGCAGUCCCUUAACUUGGUGGCCAUGAGCAUUGACAGACUGAUAGCUAUUGCUGAUCCUCUACACUAUCAUGUCAGAGUUACCUUUAAAUUCAUGUUUUCUCUCGUUGCAUCAUUUUGGCUGUAUAUAGUGUUAAUGGUUAUGGUAGCAACCGGGCUUCUCACUCGACUCUCAUUUUGUGAAUCAAUUGUUAUAAAAAGCUAUUUCUGUGAUCAUGGUCCAAUUUACCGAAUUGCCUGCAAUGAUGUGCUUCCCAGCCGUGUAAUGGGAGGUCUGUGUCCAGUUCUAAGUCUUUGGAUUCCCUUAAUUUUUAUCUUAGCAAGUUAUGGCUAUAUUUCUUACACUCUGUCCAAAAUGUCUGUAGCACAAGAGCGAAUCAAAGCUAUGAAGACGUGCUCAGGUCAUCUUUCACUGGUGGCUAUUAACUACAUUCCAAUCAUAUUUAUUUAUCUUUUUGCUACAAAUAUUCAUCCGAAUGUUAGGAUUAUAACAGUUUCUGUACACCCAAAUGGUCGGAUGAUCAACUCUACAUUGACACACAGUAUACCAUCUUUACUUAACCCGAUUAUCUACUGUCUAAAGACAGAGGAGGUGCUCACAGUCAUCAAAUGUCUCUACAAAAGAUUUACAUCAAAUCAGAAAAGAAUACAAAUGUGA